AAAAAACUUUUAAUUUUUUUUGUGUAUUUUUAUAUUAUUCUUGAUGGUGUAAAUUAUCGACCGGUAUAUCGUUUUAGCCCGGCUAAAACGAUAAACUAGUCUAAAAAAUACACCAAAAUAUAAACACGGGAAUUUUUACGUGGAAACCCAAAUCGGGAGAAAACCACGGGCCUUUUUUGGCGGUACCUUGCCAACGGGGGAUUUUUAUUAAUAUCGGGGGUGUGUACACGGUACAUGAUUUAGGCGUAGAAGCCAUUAAUGGAGCAUUUGAGCUCUUGAAGAAGAAGAAAAUAUACACUAAAGCUUUCUAGAGAGAGAGUAGAUGAGCNUACAAGAUGGGAAAAGCAUGUAGUGUAUUAAUACAAGGUGAGACUUGCUUUUUACAAUAUAGUGUUUGAUGGUGUAAAUUAUCGACCGGUAUAUCGUUUUAGCCCGGCUAAAACGAUAAACUAGUCUAAAAAAUACACCAAAAUAUAAACACGGGAAUUUUUACGUGGAAACCCAAAUCGGGAGAAAACCACGGGCCUUUUUUGGCGGUACCUUGCCAACGGGGGAUUUUUAUUAAUAUCGGGGGUGUGUACACGGUACAUGAUUUAGGCGUAGAAGCCAUUAAUGGAGCAUUUGAGCUCUUGAAGAAGAAGAAAAUAUACACUAAAGCUUUCUAGAGAGAGAGUAGAUGAGCCGGGAAUGAGAGUGAAAUUGGCUCCCUUAACAUUGAGGGGGAGCCCUUCUUUUAUAGGGGUAGCUGGAGCAUCUAUGGGGGAAUAUUCUAUUAUUCCUCCAUUUUAUUAAACAGGUCCGGUUUGACUGUUCUUCGUAAAAUAAUUGGGAAAUGUGGGUCGAGCCACGUAUUAUUUCCCAUCAAUAAGUCCUCCACUUUUUUAAGUUGUGAGAAUCAUCAACUUGAAAAAGUAAACAAGUCCUCCGAGUGCUAUCUUCGAUCUUCGUACUUUGGAUUCUUGACCGGUUGAUAUUGUUGCUAGUCCUCCGAGUCUUCAUUAGUUCUCCCAUUUCAGAAGGUUUUCCUACAAAAAUAAUACGUACAACAUUUUUUUUUGACCGGCCUAUGCCGUGCUCAAAUAAUUUUAUUAUCUUUACCGAGGAGCUCGGUGUUAGAGUGAUUAAACUUCACGCGAAUAAUUAUUGUAACAAUAGCGAUGUCAGUUCGAUUAAGCAACGAUGCUUCGAGUAGUUAUACGACACCGGAGUUAGUACGAUGAAGUGGCGGUGCUUCAAGUAGUUAUUUCGUCGAGACCGAUGUCAGUACGAAUUAAGUAAACGAUGCAUGACGAAAUUAGUAUACAGACGACAUCGACGUUAGUUAAUAAGAAUUGAGUAUGUUGCAGCAGCUUUGUUGAAGAUCAGUGUUAGCCCGGCUGACUGAUGUAAUUAUCUUCAUGUCUCGCGGAGACCAUCUUCGAUCAAAGUGCCUCAGAUUGAGGGCUUAAAUGAAUCGGGCGUCCCCGAUAUGAGCUCGGCUCACUUUUUUGCUGAAACCGAUGUGCAAUCGGUGUACCCAAUUCGAUUGGGCUCAGGCUUAUUGGAAAAUAUGUGUAAGACUGGCGUGAGACCAGUGUACCAGUUCGACUGGGUCACAUAUUUUCUUUAUUAUACUGAGCAAGACCGGUGUAGUAACCAGCGUGCCAGGCCAGGCCAGUGUCUCAGUCUUCCAAUAAGAUAAUGGUGCUGGCUGGGCCAGAUCAACAUUGGAGAAUUAACCAUGUCAUAUGGUUUCGAGCCCUCUCCAAGGCCCAAAAUGCACCCUUCUUCCAUGGCCCCCUCUUCCAGGUGAUUAAGUCUUUUAAUGGCCCUUUAAUAUUUACUAUCCCGGGAAGGCCUUAGCUCACCCCCCGUUCAAGUCUUCCCUGAGAAGGGGGAAAUAGGAUGCGCCACGGUGGACGAUCCCCUUCUAUUUCUUUUAAUGGGCAUCUUUUAGUCCCCAAUCAAUUUGACGGCACCGGCUGAUUCCCCGAUACUGGUCAAACCUCAUGGGCCCGUGUAAGUACGGUUCGAACCUUCUUCCAGGUCCAGCCCUCUUGCAGGCAUACCCUCUUCCGGGCCCCUCUUCCGGGUUUAUUACUUUUUUUUUAUUUUAUACUGAGCAAGACCGGUGUAGUAACCGGCGUGCCAGGUCCGGGCCUGUGUCCCAGUCUUCCUUUAGUUCCCGUCGUAGUCCUCAAACAAGAUCUCAUUACUCAUCAGAUUGUAAUGAAGUUCCCAGCCUCAUGAUAAAAAUCUUUCACAUGGAUUGCGGGGCUCAAAUAAUGGUGUUCCCCACCUUUAAUACGGAGUAUAAUUUGUGGUUGAAAAAGAUGUGAGAUCCCUACCACUUUAGCAAUCUUGAGUUUUGAUUUCUCGCCACUUUCUUUUGUCCAAUUGCUCAUGGAGGAUGUGAAUGGAAUAUGCCUACCCAACAAUUUAAAAUUAUUGGGCCCCAAUGAAGAUAAAUGAGUGAAUCAACCCACGUGACCCACUAGCUUUGUUUUUGGACCAAAGCUAAUGUUUUAUUUUAUUGCCCUCUUUCUUUUUCUCUUGUUUGAGAUGACCAAGUAGGGCCACAUCUUACUUUCUUUUCUAUGUCCACUUGCUGUGCAUCUCUCCUCUCCCUUCUUUCCCCACUUCUUCCGCACCUCUUCCAAGUGGGGCACAAAAACGGACGAAUCUAGUUGUGUUGAAGAAGGUGACGCGUAGUGAUGUGAGGCAGGGUGCGAACUAAAGGCGGUGAAUAGAUCGAUCCCCUGGAGGUCUGAUUCUCCCAGCAGCGAUGACCCCCACCGCAGCGACGACAUCCAAUAGUUAUGCCGGCAGGUUUGAAGGGUGGGCUUAGCCCUCCGGCCUCGUAGUAGGUCUAAUAGCAAUCGCAGCAGCUGCGAAUUAUGGCCCAACCGAAAAAUAAUCAGCAACUUCUCCCCAGCAAUGGAUGAUGUCAACAGCUAUCGUGGAGAAUAUGAGCGAGCAGAGCAAUCUGAUCAGUUGCAGCAAUGGUGGUGACCAAAUCUGUGAUUGCCGCAGGGAUGUGACUACUCUUUUGUCCAGCAACAGAUAUGAGCAGCGACAAUGUUGGCGACCAGCUUUGGCAGCGGGGAUGCUUGGUUUCAAUGACUGGAAAUGGUUGGUUUCAGCCUCGCUUGAGAUGUUAUUUGAACAGUAAUACGAACCGGCAUAGUUGAACUUCCUCGCAAGAAAUAGUCGGUCGGAUC